GAAGUAGAAUUGGAACGACCAAUUUCUCCACCCAGAAUCCAUCCCAUCAAACCUCCUCUUUUUUCCUGCAAAUCAUUCUAUUCAAACGGAACAAUGCCUCGUACAUUCAUUGCAAAGAUCCUUCGCAGUGCGCCCCGCCAAUGUGGCACCUCUCGAAAUUUCCUUUCACGCGGUCGAGCAUUUCCAACCGUUCGAUCAAGUGUUGUGUAUCAAACCUUCCGCCCUAUCACAACUUCGAACAAAGUAGGCAAAGGUCUGUCUCCGGAAUCCGAGAACCCUAAACCUAAGAUACUGGAAAGCAAUCCAGAACCAAAACAAGCUGCUGAGCUCAGUCAAGAACAAUACAAUGACUUAUCGGAUAAGUACAUGGACAUGAUGGUUGAGAAGUUGGAGGAGUUACAAGAGGAGAGGGAAGACGUUGAUGUCGAAUACAGCGCUGGAGUUCUUACACUCUCAUUUCCACCCAUCGGCACCUAUGUCAUCAACAAGCAGCCACCAAAUAAACAAAUUUGGCUUUCUUCUCCCACAUCCGGGCCAAAGCGCUACGAUUUCGUGAUUACGAGCGAGGGUCAAGAUUCGAAAGAGGGCACAGGAUCAGGAGAGUGGAUAUACUUGAGAGAUGGGUCGUCAUUGAAUGAACUGCUGUUGAAUGAGGUCGGCGUCGACCUAUCGAGUUCAUACACUCCCGAUAUUCAAGGAGAUGAGUGAUUGCCUUAUGCAUUCGAGACAGAUCCAGGGAUAGAUCUCGCGAACAUUUCUUGCAAAUGGUAGGCUUUAAAUCGGACAUCAACUUGGCGUUUACUGGCAGUGGCAUUUUUACGACUCGAGAAUCAUGAAUAUAGGGAACCAAUGAGACA